UCAUAAAUUGAAAUGGUGACAUGAAAUGUUUUUAUAGGUUAUGAAAUAUAAAUGUGGAAUAAAGUAACAAAAGUUUACCGAUAUUCUGGAGGGAACUUAUUGUAAUAAAUUUCAGUAAAAAAGUUUAAUUUUACUAAAAAGUAAAAAUGACAUCUAUUGGAAGAGGAAGGGGUUGGGGUAAAAAUCCACAAGGUAAUGAACGUCGACCUGGACAACAAUUGGAGCCUCCACAAGUUCCCAAUGCUGUUGAAAAUGAUGUCGACGAUGAUGCUGACAAUGAAUGGAUAGAACGUAUCAAUAAGCUGGAUAUUACCGAUGCUGAAGCUAUUAAGAGUCCCCAAAAUCCGAUUGCUAACUUAAUCAAUUCAAGUCCACCGCCAGAAGAUUUACAAAACUUAGAAAAAGCUACUAAAAAAGCUAUAAGAGAUCGAGCUUUUGCUUUGAAAAUGGUAUUAGCAUUUACAAAUACAACUAACAUUACUGCGCCGUUUUUAGGAUCCCUUCAACCUUAUUAUGAAAAUCGUGUGGAAUUAUUUAAGAAAAACCGUGAACAUUUCUUAAAUUUAGUAUUUAUCCUCGGAGAAGCAUAUUGUCGAAUAAGAUAUACCAUCAGUAAAAAUGUACCACCUAAAGUAUUAGAAGUACCUCUAGUAGUAUGUUUGAAAAUGCUAUUAGAAAUAGCUGGUGAAGAGGAAAUCGAGUUAGUAGUAAUUCAGAUUUCAUUGAAUGGACCGAUGCUACAAUUAAGAGAAGUGAAGGAACUAAAAGAACUAUUUAUUUACGCUCGAGAAGUUUUGAUAACUCGGAAUAUAAGUCCACGAUCAAAAGCUUUGUUAUUAUUACUCAUUGAACUUUACGAAGCAAACUUCAAAUUCAUGACGGGGCGAGUAGAAAAGUUCUACAUUGAAAAAUUGGGUCAACAAUUCAUCUUUAAGAUACAACAAAAUAUAAUGGGCCGUUAUGAUUCAGGCGACAACGAUAAAACACAUAAAAAUGACGACAUUCCUGGUAUAAUGUCGGCAGUAGCUGGAAGUCCGUGGCCACAGUCAAAGCAACCUAUAAAAUUAUCACAGGAUCCGCAAGAAUUGAAUACUUAUAAUUAUAAGCCUCGCGAUAAUAAUAGCGGAGGUGGAGGCGGUCUGUCAUUAAAUUCAGGACCACGGGCUAUUCGUGGCUCUCGUGCAGCCGUUGAUUCAAAAUUAUCAUAAUUUACAACUACUGAUUUAUAGUAAUAAGCAUUAUUAUAAGAAUAUUAACCAAUCAGUGAUAAACAUAUUUAAUUGAUAUAAAUAAUUACUAUUUAAAUUUUAACAAAUGGAUUAAGUAAUCGUACACAUUUUUAACGUUUUUUUUUUUUAUUUUUUAGUGAUUUUUUGUUUAGUGAUACGUCUUAGCUAUAGCGGAUUAAUUUUAUGUACAAUGAUAAUUGUCAAUUUUUACACUUUCAAUAAAUAAUAAUUAAAAAAUAGAUAA